CUCCUGUCUCUUGUCGUGCUCUUGUCCGAUUUUGUUUCCCGCUUCCCGGUGCUAAAAUCUUAAAAUAAUAAAAAGUAAUCAAAUUUGUCAAUUUGUUUGUUGCUGUGUGCGUAUUUAAUAUUCAAUUCAAUUUAAAAUGUGGAAAGAUACCACUGAAAGAGAUGAUUCAACUUCUGGCGGUUUUUUGAACACCACUACAAAUCAAUUGGAUACCACUGAUAAUAAAGGGGCAGUUCGCAGAGUUCAAAAUAUUGUGCCUCUGGUUAUAAGACAGAUCCAUAGUUGUGAAGGAGAGGACUUCAAGUUAUUCGGAGUUACUGCUCAAAUUAUCAAAUUGGUUGGUAAGCUUAGGAACUUUGAAGUCCAAAACACUAAAGCUAAUUAUACAAUUCAGGACCAUACUGGAGAGAUUACAGCUGUCUUAUGGUUGGAAAAUGAUGGUGGUGUUGUUACAAACUUGCCUAGUGUCAAAGAAGGCAGUUAUGUUGAGGUUUUUGGUUCUCUUAGGAGGCAAGAUGGUGACAGCAGACAGCUUAUGAUUUUGAGAAUGUUCCCAGUCAGUGAUUGUAACAUUAUUCAUCAUCAUCUUUUGCGAGUUGCUUUUAACAGGCUUUCUGUUGAAGUCGAUUCUAAAAAGUUGCUAGAAACUAUAAAAGUUAAUAAUCCAGGAGCACAUUUGGCAAAUUCGAUGAGCUUCAUUGAUACGGAUGUAAAUAAUUUAGGACCAACUUCAGGUUUUACACCAGUCCAAAAAAAAGUUUUUAACAUUCUUGCAACAGACCCUUCUGCAAAUGGUAUGAGCAAGGAGAUUUUAAUGAGUCAUUUUCCUCCUAAUCAACAUCAGGAUGUAAAUGAAGCAUUAUCAUUCCUAAGUAACGAGGGUCAUGUGUAUUCUACGUUAGAUAACGAUCAUUUUAAAGUCACAUUAGUACAGUAAUUUAAAUACAUGCAGUAAUAUUUAAGUUUUUAAGGAGUUCACUUGUUUAGUUUUGUAAGUUUUUCUAAUUAUAUUAUUUAUUAAAAUUAUUUG